CUCUGCAGCAAGAAUUAGGGUUUCUCUCAUUUAGCAACCCUAUAUAUAAACCGCACUCAGCAGUGUCAAAUCUUCUCUUAUGCUAGAGCCACCGGCAUCAACGUCUUUAGCUUCAACAAGGCAGAAGGUGCUGCAGCAUAAGCCACCAUGGUGAAGUACUCUAGAGAGCCUGAUAAUCCCACUAAGUCCUGCAAAGCAAGGGGAGGUGACCUCAGAGUUCAUUUUAAGAAUACAAGGGAGGCAGCUUUUGCUUUGAGGAAGUUGCCUUUGGCCAAGGCCAAGAGGUACCUGGAAGAUGUCCUGGCUCACAAGCAGGCCAUUCCAUUCCGACGUUUCUGUGGUGGAGUUGGGCGAACUGCUCAAGCAAAGAACAGGCACUCAAACGGCCAAGGACGCUGGCCUGCCAAGUCUGCAAGGUUCAUCCUGGACUUGCUCAAGAAUGCUGAGAGCAACGCCGAGGUCAAGGGUUUGGAUGUGGAUGCACUCUACAUAUCUCACAUCCAGGUGAAUCAGGCACAGAAGCAGAGGCGUCGUACAUAUAGGGCACAUGGAAGAAUUAAUCCUUACAUGUCCAGCCCUUGCCACAUUGAGUUGGUUUUGUCUGAGAAGGAAGAGCCAGUUAAGAAAGAGCCUGAGACCCAGAUAGCAACCAGCAAAUCAAAGAAGUCGCAAGCUUCUUCUUGAGUGGACAGCUUGUUUUUUUAUUUCGAGCUAUGCUCAUUGUUCCAUGAAAAAUUUCUUGGAGAGCUUAGAUGAAAGUCUGUUUUCAUCAGGGUUUUGUUGUAUCAUAAUUUGACAAAUAGUCCUCGAUAAUUGCAAUGAUCGGCCUAACUGAUAUCUUGUUUA